AUGAAUAAUACCAAAGCUUUAAAGAAACAACUAAAUAUUAGAGGAGAUAAACAAUUUACAUAAGAUAUAAAUUAAAGCGAAAGUGAAGCUAAUCUAGAUUAGCAUCAAUUUAAUCUUAUAAGCGAUAAAGAUAAUUUUUUUGAAAAUUUUUAGUAGAGUUUAAAGCAAGUAAACAAAUAAUAGAUAUCUUAUUUUAUUUCUGAUAAAGCCCCUAUUUAUUUUGAUUAAGAAAUAAAGUAAAGUGAAUUAAAUAUUUCUAAUGCAUUGGCUUAAAAUGAGAGUUUUGAAUAAAAUAGAUAAUUUUAGUAAUAAAAUACAGGAAAUGUAAGAUUUUUAACUCCACAACCAACUGCUCAAAGCUCUACAAAUUAUGAAACUUUUUCUUAUCAUAUUGGCGAUUAAUUUAUAAACUUUCCUCAUUUUGUUACCAAUACUGAAACAAUCAAUAUCAAUAAAUAAAUAAAUAAAUAAAUAAAUAAAUAAAUAAAUAAAUAGAGUUAAAAACCUCUAUCUAACUAACACCAUUCUUGCUAAAGCAAUAAUAAUUUUAGUUAGCAAAAUAAAUAAUUCUAUUCUUACUAGUAUCAGUAAAUUUAAAACUGA